AUAAUAGUUCAAUUUGUACCUGUGCUGUUUCAUUUUGGCCUUAUGUUUGAAAUCCUUUCAUCAGAGAAUGAAGAAGAUCUUUUCAUCAGAGACCAUGGACAUCCCCGACGGCGUGAGCAUCAAGGUUGAAGGCCCUCGUGGGGAUUUCCAGCUCAUCACCGAUGAGAACGGCAAGAAGAAGCUCAAGAUCGAGGCCUGGUUCGGUACCCACAAGAUGAGGCUCAUCUAUGCCCAUUUUCCCAUCAAUGCUAGCAUCACUAAUCACAACAAGGGCAUCAAGAUCCAUAGCUUUCUACUUUUCGUGAGGAAAGUGGAUAUGCUUGAUGGAGUUUCCAUUGUGCAAUCUGAGAAGGUGAAGGAUGAGUUGGUUUUCGAUGGAAAUGACAUUGAGCUUGUUUCUAGGUCAUGUGCCCUUAUCAAUCAGAACAAGGAUAUCAGGAAGUUUCUUGAUGGUAUUUAUGUUAGUGAGAAGGGGACCGCAUUAAUAAAGAAGGUGGUGAAAAAGAUCGUUAUGGGGAAAAAGAUUGGAGCAUGUAUUUAGUAGAAAGUCUAAAUUAAGGGUUAACAGUGUGUGCUACUUCACUUUCUGUAACUGGAACUUUGGAAAGUUAAAUUAGUUAUGACCUAAUUAUAUGAGCUAUUUCUGAAUGGAAAAUGUGCUAGGUAUGACUUUUUAAUUGAUUCCAAACAUAACUGGUUUUGUUUUUUUUUUUUUUUAAAAAAAAAGACUUUUCACAUCGGUUUUGGAAUAAACCGAUGUGAAAUGUGUAGUUUUCACAUCGGGUAUUUGAUUCCACCGAUGUGAAAUACACGUACAGAUUUAAAAAAGAAAUUACUAAACAGACUUUUCACAUCGGUUGCGGCAUAAACCGAUGUGAAAUGUGUAGUUUUCACAUCGGGUAUUUGAUUCCACCGAUGUGAAAUACACGUGCAGAUUUGAAAAAGAAAUUACUAAACAUACUUUUAACAUCGGUUGCGGCAUAAACCGAUGUGAAAUGUGUAGUUUUCACAUCGGCUGUGUACC